AGGUACGCAAGUCUGAUCGGACAAUAGAUUUAAACAUAAUGUGAUGCUAAUCUUGGAAAUCUCUGAAUUUUCCAAUUCAGCUUAUAACGCAUCCAUUAAUCACGCUACAUGAUUUAUCACGCUACAAAAUGACUUCUUUGGUUUAACUAAAUUCGUCAGUCUACAAAUGGUAACGAAUUGAAGAGGAGCAGAAUAUGGAACAUUUUAUCACCUUUUCGACAGUAUUCCUCCUUAUCUUCGGACUACAAUAUGAAGCAGGAAGUCCAAACAAAGCUACGGUCACGAAUGGGGGCAUUGAUUACAAUGAACGUUGUACUUUGAAGGACAAAUGCAAAUAUACCAACACAUCCUGCAUUGAUGGCAUCUGUCAAUGCCAACCCGGCCACGCGAUCCGUCUACGUGGCAAGCAAUUCUUAUGCGCAGAAAUUAUUCAAAUCCACAACAUUGUCACAAUCGAGGAUCAUCCCUGGGUUAUUAAGAACGAGACCUGCUUAAAAUCAUCCAGUGUGGAUAAAUCGUGUCGAAAUAGUUCUUGCAACUCUGGAUUCCUAGUCGACCUAAUUCGCAAAAUUGACCAAGACAUGAGAAAUAUGAAUAAUUGCACAAUUACGGAAGUGUCUUCGAUAGGGUCACUGGACUCGAGUACUAAUCCUCCCACGUGGAAGACUGGGAUUAUGGCAAUAGUUGCGAAUAAUCAAACUGACCUUGCAAUGGCACCAUUUGGAGUGAAGCAUUUGAGGGUCCCAGAACUCGGAAAGAUUAUGAGAUUUUCGGCCAUAUUUGUACAUAACACUAUCAGUGCUACCAACUUCAUGUUCGGGUUUCCUCUUGCGUCCGAAAUUAUUUGGCAGUUUGACCUUAUGACCUACAAACUAGCUAAGCAGCGAUAUUUAGAACAACUCCUAGAGAAAUGGUUCGUCAAUGGAACGUCAUCUUGGUCAAAGAAAAAACAGCUCACGCCUUACGAGCCAAACCGGGUUUGCAGAACCAUGUAAUGUGGAACUAAAUGGACUAAUAAUAAUCAUGCAAAUUACUAUGACGCCGCACAUUUAAAUAAACAUUUUAUUAAUCAUGCAAAUA